AUGUCAAUCGAUAAAUCAAAAAUGGUUACCAGAUUGGGAAAAUCUGGUUUGAAAGUCAAUACUGUCGCCAUUGGUACUAUGAGAUUAGGUUCAAAUUGGAUGGGUUAUAAUGGUGACAUUGAUGAAUGUUUAAAAAUUUUGAAAUUUUGCUACGACAAUGGUUUCCGUACUUUUGAUACUGCUGAUGUUUAUUCUAAUGGGAAAUCGGAAGAAUUAUUAGGAUUAUUCAUUAAGAAAUAUAAUAUUCCUCGUGAAAGAAUUGUCAUAUUAACUAAAUGUUAUUUCCCAGUUAAUGAUUCUGAUGAUAAAAAUUGGGAAGAUUUUGAUCCUGUUGAUAGUCUUAAUGGUAAAGGAUUAAGUAGAAAGCAUAUUUUGGCUGCUGUUGAAGAUUCUGUCAAACGUUUAGGGACAUAUAUUGAUGUGUUGCAAAUUCAUCGUUUAGAUCAUGAAGUCACUUAUGAAGAAAUCAUGCACUCGUUAAAUGAUGUUGUUGAAAAAGGGUUGACGAGAUAUAUUGGUGCUUCCUCCAUGAAGGCUUGGGAAUUUGUUGAAUUACAAAAUGUUGCUAAAGCUAAUGGAUGGCAUCAGUUUAUUUCCAUGCAAAGUCAUUACUCCUUAUUGUACCGUGAAGAUGACAGAGAGUUGAAUGAUUAUUGUAAGAAGAAUGGAGUUGGAUUAAUUCCUUGGUCUCCAAAUAGUGGUGGUGUCUUGUGUCGUCCAUUCGAUUCAGAGAAAACUCAAAAAUUCUUUGAAAACAAAGAUUGGGCUAGUGUUUUUGGAUUGGGUGAACCUCGUGAAGCUGAUAAAACUAUUGUUAACAGAGUUGAAGAAUUAAGUGUUAAAUACAAUGCUACCAUGAUGCAAAUCUCUUUAGCUUGGUGUAUUGCUAAAGGUGUGAUUCCAAUUGCUGGUGUCUCUAAAUUUGAACAAGCUGAAGAAUUAGUUGGUAUUUACAAUGUCAACUUGACUGAAGAAGAUAUUAAAUAUCUUGAUGAACCAUAUCACGCCAAAGAUUUAGCAAAAGAAGUUAAUUAA